AAUAAAAGUUCCAAACUUUCCAAUCUUUUUAUGGUGUUUAGAAAAAUCAAUAUAUUCACAUCUAAUCCGCUCCGUCUACGAAUAAAAACAUUCCCAAUUGGAACCCCAACAGCCUGAAUUUGAAAUUCAUCACAGAGGCGCAAUUCUGCCACAGAGGAUGCCAUCUCUUCAUCUCCUCUCGUCAGUAUCUUCUUUUGACAACCCUUCUCUACAACGUGCGCGCCUAUCGAAACCCGGUAACAGUUCUAAUCCCCCAAUUCAUUCAAAUGCCAUUUCCCCAAAAUUCGCACAUGCCCACUUCGCCAAUCGCUCUAUUUCCCCUUCUGUAACUCUCAGUCAAUUGCGUAUUCAAUCCCGAAGCAGUGGUUUUCUACCCUUUAAGCCUCCAAACGAUGGAGCCCACUGGAAGAGGUGUUACUGUAGUGCUGUUAAUGACUCUGACGAGAAAACUAGGUCAGUUUUGGACUCCAGUGGCGGCGGCGAUGGAGGUGAAGCCGGCGAUGGAAGUGAUGAUAAUGGGAAGGUGGAUAAGCAAAAGGGUUCUUCUGGGUUUCUGCCGGAAUGGUUGAAUUUAACUUCGGACGACGCCAAAACGGUCCUUGCAGCCAUUGCAAUAUCUCUUGCCUUCAGGACGUUUAUUGCAGAACCGAGGUACAUUCCGUCGCUAUCAAUGUAUCCUACCUUUGAUGUUGGGGAUCGACUUGUAGCAGAGAAGGUCACAUACUAUUUCAGAAAGCCUUGUGCUAACGAUAUCGUGAUAUUUAAAAGCCCACCAGUGCUUCAGGAAGUAGGAUAUACAGAUGAAGAUGUCUUCAUUAAAAGAGUUGUUGCUAAAGGAGGUGAUACUGUGGAGGUCCGGAAGGGCAAACUUAUUGUCAAUGGGGUCGAGAGAGACGAAAAGUUUAUCCUUGAACCACCAUCAUACGACAUGACUCCGGUUCAAGUGCCAGAAAACUCGGUGUUUGUGAUGGGCGACAAUCGCAAUAACAGCUAUGAUUCUCAUGUGUGGGGUCCACUGCCAGCCAAAAAUAUAAUAGGAAGAUCACUAUUCCGCUAUUGGCCUCCGAACAGGAUUGGUGGAACCGUUAUCGAGCCUAGCUGUGCUACUGAUAAACAAGAGGGCACUCCUUCCACACCAGAGAUUUCCAGCCAACAGACCACAAAUUCUCAACCGUAACAGUUUCGGUCAUGUUCUUGUAAGUUCAGUUGGUUGUUCUGCAAAUGCCUUAUAGUUCCCAUUCGCUCCCCUGUAAUUUUGAAGCUCUUUUUUGUUGAAUGAACUGGGCAUUUUGUGCAAGGCCUUAUUUACUGUUGAUCUUGGUUUAUGCAAGUUACUAGAGAUGACUCUCAGUGUUGAGAGAUCUGAACUAGUGACAUUGCCAUUCUUUGUGAACCCAAUUGAACAGUACAAGCUAGUUAUGAUAUAGGAAUAUGUGCUCUUGAAAUUGAAAACUAGAUAAAUUGCUGCA